UGGCUCUGACUUGCAGUCAGAGGCAGACAGACCACGCCUGAAAAACCAGGGGCGUAGAAGGAAUUUAGACUUUUCCACCAGUGAAACGCAUCCCAACUCUUUUCCUCUUUUCACUGUGUCGACGCAGUUAGCCACCGGACCCGAGAGAGGAGAAGGAAAAGGACUUGCACAAUGGCUGGGGUGGCAUCAACGUUGGCCAAGAAGAGGGCUUUGGCCGCAGGAUUUGGCACUAAUGCCAAUGCGUCGAAGUACCUAAACCAGGACUUCGAGUCUCUCAGGAGCGAGUGUCUGAGUAGAGGUUCACUUUUCACGGAUUCCACUUUUCCAGCCGAACCUGCGUCCUUGGGAUUCAAUGAGCUUGGACAGAACUCUUCCAAAACCAGAGGUGUGCAAUGGAAACGACCUGGGGAACUGGUGUCCAGCCCAGAGUUCAUCAUUGGUGGAGCCUCAAGAACCGACAUCUGCCAAGGCGGCUUGGGUGACUGCUGGCUCCUGGCGGCCAUCGCCUCUCUGACCCUGAAUGAAGAUGUCAUGGCCCGGGUUGUUCCUGCAGGACAAGGCUUUGGACGUGAAGAGUACGCUGGGAUCUUUCACUUCCAGGUAGAGACAGUGUCACAUUCUAGAGUCACAGGGUGCGUCCCAAAAUGCCUCCCUAUAUAG